AUGGAACCAGGGAACAAUACAUACAUUUCAAACUUUCUUCUCAUGGGACUUUCAGAGGUACCAGAACUGCAGCCCCUCAUAUUUGGGCUUUUCUUCUCCUUGUACCUGAUCACUGUACUUGGAAACCUGCUCAUCAUCCUGGCCGUCAGCUCAGACCCCCACCUCCACACCCCCAUGUACUUCUUCCUCUCCAACCUGUCCUUUAUAGACAUCUGCUUCACCUCCACUACCAUCCCAAAGAUGCUGCAAAAUGUUCAGAUACAGAGCAAAGUCAUAACUUAUGAAGGCUGCAUUGUCCAGAUGCAUUUUUACAUUCUCUUUGCAGGAUUAGAUGACAUUCUCCUGACUGUGAUGGCCUAUGACCACUUCAUGGCCAUCUGCCACCCCCUGCAUUACACAGUCACCAUGAAUGUCCAGCUCUGUGGAUGGCUGGUUCUGGUCUCCUGGAUCAUUAGUGUCCUGAACUCCUUGUUACACAGCUUAAUGAUAUUGCGAUUGUCCUUCUGCUCAGACUUGGAAAUCCACCACUUUUUUUGUGAAAUCAAACAGCUGAUCCAACUUGCCUGUUCUGACUCUUUCCUCAAUAACACAGUGCUGUAUUUUGGAUCUGGAAUUCUCGGCGGUGUUCCCCUGGCUGGUAUUGUUUACUCUUACUCUAAGAUAGUGUCCUCUAUCUGUGGAAUCUCAUCUGCUCAGGGGAAGUAUAAAGCAUUCUCCACCUGUGCAUCUCACCUCUCUGUUGUCUCCUUAUUUUAUUUUACAUGUUUAGGAGUGUACCUUAGCUCUGCUGAUACCCACAGCUCAGAAGCAAGUGCAAUAGCCUCAGUGAUGUACACUGUGGUCACACCCAUGCUGAACCCCUUCAUCUACAGUCUGAGAAAUAAAGACAUAAAGAGGGCUCUGAAAAAGACCAGAUGCCAUGAAGUG